GCCAAUCACAGCUGCCUUUUACCACUGCCCAGCAGUGCCACACACCAGUGCCCAUCAGCACCAUCCACCUGUGCCCAGCAGUGCCACACACCGCUGCACAGCAGUGCCACCCAUCAGUGCUGCCAAGCAGUGCCACCAGUCAGUGCCCAGCAGUGCUUCCAGACAGUACCAUCAGUCAGUGCCACCUAUCAGUGCCCAUCAGUGCCUCCUAUCAGUGCCCAUCAUUGCAGCAUCAUCAGUGCUGCCUCAUCAGUGCCACCUAUCAGUGCCCAUCAGUGCUGCCUA